CGAAAGCACACGCGGAAAGACCCGCUGUCAGUGGGCAUCCCGUCCUGGGAGUCCAGGAAGAGGAGCUUGAGAAGGAGAGAGCUGAGAGUUAUCUGGCCUUGAACCCAGGAAGACCAUUAGGGAAGGCUCCAGAAUGUUUUUCAGAGUCCCAAGACUGACUCCAGGCUACAUCAGGCUGCUGCAGACCCAGGCCUACCACAAUGUGUCGAUGACGCCCCCAGCAGAGAAGUCCAUGCCGGGCAUGGCUAUGCUGCUGGGGGCCGUCGGGAUUGCCAUGUGUGGCUACAGCUCCAGGCAGUUGGCCCUCUACCACCGGCCCUCCUCUCGUGUCCUGCAGUGGGUUGGCACGCACACUGAUGCCAGCAUGGUGGGCACUGCAGCCAACAGGACCCCCUUCCUGGAUGUUAAUCGCCGGGCUGGUGCCUGCCAGGAGAUCCCCCCACCCUCCUUUGUGGGCCUGAAAGUUCCCUUGAAAUAAUGACCUCUGGUGAAUGUAGAUUGGCCAGCAUGAUAGAUUGAGCUCCAGUAACUACACCUCUGCACAGCUAAGAUUGAAGCUAUGCUGGCCCCUCGUGCGGCCCAUGUGCUCUCUUGUGAUGUGCAGGUGUGGAUAUUUGACUGACCUUAACCUUAAUGUUUGCAGGAAGUUGGAUGUCUGUUAGUAAUAAUGAAUUCUGUAACUAGUGCAACACAUAUAAAAAGAGUUUAAACGCUACUGGAUUAUACGAAUUAGUCACUGAUAUUAGCGUCUUUAUGAGAGGGCACGAAGCAAUAUGAAUGAUGGAUGAGUGCAUAAUGAUGCUGGAACAUCCCAAAUACUGUUGCUGAAUGUAGCUUGAAGGAGGGAACAUGUUUAAUUUGGAGACAUUGUGUGUCUUUUUUGAGGCCUGGUGUAAAACGGGACUGACGCUUGGCAGUGCCCCUCUGUACACAGAUGGUUGGCACCUCUCUCUCCCUCUCUGCCCCCCCUCUUUCCCCUUCCCUCCCCAGGCAGACAGCCAUGUGUAAGUGCUUGAGCACCCCAUCCCUGCCCAUGACUUCAACUGAUUUCCUCUGAGGAGGAGCAGGUGCCAUCCAUCAACAAGC